GGAGAAUUAAUUUUCUUCUAACCUUUCUAAAGUCUUUUUUUACUUAACAUUUUGUCGUAUUAAGACCUUUUCUCCUGCAUUUUGUUGGGCCUUUGAUAUAGUACUAUGGUUCUUGCGUACCUGCUACACCAUUCCCUUCCAAUACACUCAUACUCCAUAUAGUAUUAUGUCUGAUCGAGAGGAAAAGUUGGCGCUUGCAAAGCAAAGGCUUCAAGAAGCAAAGAAGAAAAAACGUCAAGCUAAAACGAAAGACGCUCGUUCGACGGCUUCACAACAGUCGUCAACCACUGAGUCUACAAUAGCCCGAGAUGAGAAUACAAUUGAUACAAACAAUCCUGAACAGGUUGUGUCAUCAAAAGCUUCCGAGGAAACAUCUAGGUCGGAGACUGACAAAGGAGAAAACAAACCUGAAUCAGCAACGACUGAAACAACAAAAGACUCAGAAAAACAAGAAGGAGAAGAACCUUAUCAUGCUGAUGAAGGUACUUCCGAUGAGCAAGAGAAACAUGAACCGAUCGACGACAAUAAGGAGCAAGAGGCAGUCGAAGAAGCAAGAAAAACAGAGAACACUAAGGAAGAUAAUACAGUAGAUGAUGUUAAAGAGAAGCUUCAAAAGGAAAUUCAAGAGCUGACAGAAAAGCUGAAUGCUUCCGAAAUCGCAAAUAACGAAACAAUGAAGGAUCGUGAGCAAAAAGCUUUGUCAUUACAGAGCGAAAGCGAGAAUUACAAACGAGAGUUGGAAACGGCAUUGAAUGAGUUAAAGGAAUUGAAGGCUGAGAAAGAACAUGUUUCCCAACGUGCAACCGAAAGCGCUCGGGAAAAAGAAGCUGUAUUUGAAAAUAAAGAAAAAGAAUUCAAUGAAAAACAAGAAAAUCUGAAUCGUCAAAAAGAUGACUUGGAUAAUCAGUCAAAAGCUUUCCAGCAAGAAAAAGAGUCAUUUCAAUCCUGGAAAGAGUCUGAACAACAGGCUUUGAACGAACGUCAAGCCUCUCUUGAUAAGCGAGAAAAUGAUUUGUUGGAGCGUGAAAAGCAAGACAUUCAGUCAAGUAAAGGUCCAGAAAAUCAACAACAACAAGACCUUGUCGAAAAUCUAGAAAAGCAGGUUCAAGAUCUAAAAGGAGAAAAGCAAUACCUUGAGGAGGCUGUGGAAAGAUAUAAAGCCGCAAUGGAUGAAUUUGCUGAAUGUCAACAACAUCUUCGUGAACUAGAAAACAUGUAUGCUAAGCUGGCAGGUCAACCUGCUGCAGAAGGAAACUAUGAAGACAACUUUACGUUUGAGCCAAUAGAUAAUGUAUCCAUAGAUUUGACGUUAACAAGUUUCCCAGGAGCGCAUGGUGUACCUUUUGAAGUUUAAAAGAGUUCAUACUGAUUUCUAAUUCUAAAUGUAUUAUCCACCAUCAUUCUUAUUUGUUGACAUGCUUAAUGAACAGAACAGGACGUGGAUCUUUAGAUGAGCGGACAAUUUACUUUGUCCCUAGAAUGAAAAUAUAUUUAUUCAAUUUUAUUAUAAAAGCAUUCAUUUUUAU